GUUCAUGCUUAGUUCAUGUUAACUAGUUGUUUAAUACUGCAGUCACGCCAGUUUAAUACACUAUUAAUACACUAACUAAUAAACCUUAUUGUAAAGUGUUACCCUGCAAACUAAUACUAAAUAAAUAAAUAAUUACAUACGAGUCUCUAAGAGAAGUAGUUAAAUGUCUUGUUAUUCAUUCUGCCAUUUUAAGAAUUUUGUUUAAUUUCUGUUUUGAUUUUUAUUGCCAGAAAAACAAAAUGACACAAGAUCAGGACCAGCAAAGGGUAGGGUGGUGGAGGGGAGGGGGAAUAGGGAAAGAUUAGAGGGUUCUUUUUUCCCCCAAAGGUAAGCUUUUUGUGUUUAUCAUGUAUGUUUAGAUAUAAAUGUAUGUUUCAACCGCAGUAACCACGAAAUUUAAGAUGACAGAAAACACGAAAAGAAGUCGCGUUCGCUUGUAACUGGCAACGGCAUAGGCUGCUAUGUGUUCUAGAGCGCUUCGCUUUCUGUUCAGUAUCGGACACGGACAUAGCGCUUUACAAUAGGCUACAGAUGUGUUUUACAGUGUUAAAAAGGAAAAACGUGUGCCGUUAAUGCAUGACGAUAUAAAACAGUCAGUUUAUCAGUUAAAGUCAGUUCAUUGUUAAUUCAGUGAUAUCGUUCAGCUCAGUUCAUUUCUACUACAUUGACAAAACAUAAGUAGCAUAAAGUCUUUGGUAGCAUAUAGCUAUUAUUACUAUUAUUAAAUAAUACUAUAUUAAUAUUAAAAUACUUUUAAGCACAGAUUUAUUUGAUAAAUAUGCGAUAUAUAAUGCAUGUAAUAGUGAUUAUCACUAUAAAAUGCAUUAUAUCGCAUGUAGUCUAUAUCACAUAAAGCUUUGCUUAAAAGUAUUUGAGAUUAUUUGGAUGCUAGAGACGCUAAUUAAUUAAAAAUCGGUAGCUCGAGACGAACAAAUUGCGCCCAGAAAAUCCUAUUGACAGACAUAAAUUCCCUAAAAAUCUUUAUAACGUUGUAUUUUUAUGUCUAACGUUUUCCCCCCAUCUGGAACAUUUUAAUGGGAAUAGUCUGUGAUAUCACCCAGCAAACUUUGUAAAUGUUCUCGUCAGGGGAGUGUUCAAGUCUGUUUGUCCAUGUGGAUCACCGUGACCGCACCAUUGCAAACAAGACGAUUACUAAUUCAGCACUGACUGUAUAACUCGACCAACAGGGGAAAACCAACGCAUCCUGCCUCUAUAUAAAAAUGAAGAUCAAUGCAGGCGAAGAAACAGAGGCUCUCUUAGGUGAUUCCAACAGUGAGCAACCAAGAUGGCCACAUAUCUGUCCUUACUGCUGCUGUUUGCAUGUGCCUCCACAAGCUCUUCAGAUCAAAAAACCUCCAAUGAGGAGAUGACCAAUGAUGAAGGGAUUGGAGGAGAAGAGUUAACAUUCCCUGAGGAUGAAAGUGAGUCCACACCUUCUGAGGGCCUUGAUGCAAGCACCAUGCUCCCUGCUGAUGAGAACCCAACAGAAGGUCCAUCAAGCGGAGUACCAACAGAAGAACCUAUAAGCACAGCACCAACCAAAGGUCCUUCACAGACAGUGCCAACAGAAGGUCCUACUAGCACAGCACCAACAGAAGGUCCUGCAAGCACAGUGCCAAUAGAAGGUCCUACUAGCACAGUGCCAACCGAAGGUCCUUCAGGGACAGAGCCAACAAAAGGUCCUGCUAGCACAGUGCCAACCAAAGGUCCUUCAGGGACAGUGUCAAGUGAAGGUCCUACUAGCACAGCACCAACAGAAGGUCCUGCAAGCACAGUGCCAACAGAAGGUCCUACUAGCACAGUGCCAACCGAAGGUCCUACUAACACAGCACCAACCGAAGGUCCUUCAGGGACAGAGCCAACAAAAGGUCCUACUAGCACAGCACCAACAAAAGGUCCUGCAAGCACAGUGCCAACAGAUGGUCCUACUAGCACAGCACCAACUGAAGGUCCUACUAGCACAGCGCCAACCGAAGGGCCUACUAACACAGUGCCAACCGAAGGUCCUUCAGGAACAGGGUCAAAUGAAGUUCCUACUAGCACAGCACCAACAGAAGGUCCUGCAAGCACAGUGCCAAUAGAAGGUCCUGCAAGCACAGUGCCAACUGAAGGUCCUACUAGCACAGCGCCAACCGAAGGUCCUUCAGGAACAGAGCCAACAAAAGGUCCUACUAGCACAGUGCCAACCCAAGGUCUUUCAGGGACAGUGUCAAAUGAAGGUCCUACUAGCACAGCACCAACAGAAGGUCCUGCAAGCACAGUGCCAACAGAAGGUCCUACUAGCACAGCACCAACUGAAGGUCCUACUAGCACAGUGCCAACCGAAGGUCCUACUAGCAGAGCACCAACAGAAGGUCCUUCAGGGACAGAGCCAACAAAAGGUCCUACUAGCACAGUGCCAACAGAAGGGCCUACUAAACACAGUGCCAACCGAAGGUCUUCAGGAACAGGGUCAAAUGAAGUUCCUACUAGCACAGCACAACAGAAGGAACAGAGCCAACAAAAGGUCCUACUAGCACAGUGCCAACCCAAGGUCUUUCAGGGAACAGUGUCAAAUGAAGGUCCUACUAGCACAGCACCAACAGAAGGUCCUGCAAGCACAGUGCCAACAGAAGGUCCUACUAGCACAGCACCAACUGAAGGUCCUACUAGCACAGUGCCAACCGAAGGUCCUACUAGCAGAGCACCAACAGAAGGUCCUUCAGGGACAGAGCCAACAAAAGGUCCUACUAGCACAGCGCCAACCGAAGGGCCUACUAACACAGUGCCAACCGAAGGUCCUUCAGGAACAGGGUCAAAUGAAGUUCCUACUAGCACAGCACCAACAGAAGGUCCUGCAAGCACAGUGCCAAUAGAAGGUCCUGCAAGCACAGCGCCAACUGAAGGUCCUACUAGCACAGCGCCAACCGAAGGUCCUUCAGGAACAGAGCCAACAAAAGGUCCUACUAGCACAGUGCCAAACGAAGGUCCUUCAGGAACAGUGUCAAAUGAAGGUCCUACUAGCACAGUGCCAACAGAAGGUCCUACUAGCACAGCGCCAACCGAAGGUCCUACUAGCACAGCACCAACUGAAGGUCCUUCUAGCACAGUGCCAACCGAAGGUCCUACUAGCAGAGCACCAACAGAAGGUCCUUCAGGGACAGAGCCAACAAAAGGUCCUACUAGCACAGUGCCAACAGAAGGUCCUACUAGCACAGCGCCAACCGAAGGUCCUACUAGCACAGUGCCAACUGAAGGUCCUCCAGGGACAGUGCCAAAUGAAGGUCCUACUAGCACAGCACCAACCGCUGGUCCUGCAAGCACAGUGCCAACAGAAGGUCUUACUAGCACAGUGCCAACCGAAGGUCCUUCAGGGACAGUGACAAAUGAAGGUCCUACUAGCACAGGACCAACCAAAGGUCCUGCAAGCACAGUGCCAACAGAAGGACUUACUAGCACAGCACCAACCGAAGGUCCUUCAGGAACAGUGCCAAAUGAAGGUCCUACUAGCACAGCGCCAACCGAAGGUCCUGCAAGCACAGUGCCAACAGAGGGUCCUACUAGCACAGUGCCAACCGAAGGUCCCUCAGGAACAGAGCCAACAAAAGUUCCUACUGGCACAGCGCCAACCGAAGGUCCUUCAGGGACAGUGCCAAAUGAAGGUCCUUCUAGCACAGUACCAAAAGAAGAUCCUACUAGCACAGCCCCAACCGAAGGUCCUUCAGGGACAGUGCCCAAUGAAGGUCCUACUAGCACAGUGCCAACCGAAGGUCCUUCAGGGACAGUGCCAAAUGAAGGUCCUUCUAGCACAGCACCAAAAGAAGAUCCUACUAGCACAGCACCAAAAGAAGAUCCUACUAGCACAGUGCCAACAGAAGGUCCUAUAAGCACAGCGCCAACUGAAGGUCCUAUAAGCACAGCGCCAACCGAAGGCCCUUCAGGGACAGUGCCAAAUGAAGGUCCUACUAGCACAGCACCAAAAGAAGAUCCUACUAGCACAGUGCCAACAGAAGGUCCUAUAAGCACAGCACCAACUGAAGGUCCUUCAGGGACAGUGCCAACAGAAUGUCCUACUACCACAGCGCCAACUGAAGGUCCUAUAAGCACAGUGACAACUGAAGGUCCUUCAGGGACAGUGUCAAAUGAAAGUCCUUCUAGCACAGCGCCAACCGAAGGUCCUUCAGGGACAGUGCCAAAUGAAGGUCCUACUAGCACAGCACCAACCAAAGGUCCUGCAAGCACAGUGCCAACAGAAGGUCCUACUAGCACAGCGCCAACCGAAGGUCCUUCGGGGACAGUGCCAAAUGAAGGUCCUACUAGCACAGCGCCAACUGAAGGUUCUUCAGGGACAGUGCCAAUUGAAGGUCCUACUAGCACAGCACCAACCGAAGGUCCUGCAAGCACAGUGCCAACAGAAGAUCCUACUAGCACAGUGCCAACCAAAGGUCCUUCAGGGACAGUGCCAAAUGAAGGUCCUACUAGCACAGUGCCAACAGAAAGUCCUACUAGCACAGCGCCAACCAAAGGUCCUUCAGGGACAGUGCCAAAUGAAGGUCCUACUAGCACAGCACCAACCGAAGGUCCUUCAGGGACAGUGCCAAAUGAAGGUCCUACUAGCACAGCCCCAACCAAAGGUCCUUCAGGGACAGUGCCAAAUGAAGGUCCUACUAGCACACUGCCAAAAGAAGAUCCUACUAGCACAGCACCAAAAGAAGAUCCUACUAGCACAGUGCCAAAAGAAGAUCCUACUAGCACAGCACCAAAAGAAGAUCCUACUAGCACACUGCCAAAAGAAGAUCCUACAAGCACAGCACCAACUGAAGGUCCUACUAGCACAGCACCAGCAGAGGGUCCUAUAAGUACAGUGCCAACUGAAGGUCCUACAAGCACAGUACCAACAGAAUAUUCUGUCACUGAAAUGACUACCAAGGCACAGAAUGAAAACCCAAAGGAACUGUCAUCUGUCAAGGACCCUAGAUCUACCCCUGUUCCAAGCAAGACACCAUCCUCUCCUGUUCCAGUGAAACCAACAAAAAAACCCAGUCAACCUAGUAUGGAGAAGAAUGACAAAUCUGAACCAAAGAAAACUCCCAAGGAUCCUAGUGGCAUUGCUCCAACCAGACCAGCAGAAAAACCUCUUAAUCCUACCUCAGACAAGAAUGGCAAAACAAAUAGUAUUAAAGAUUAUCAAACUGAUGAUUAUGACACUAACCUCUGCAGUGGGCGUCCAGUCAGUGGUUUGACUACUCUCAGAAAUGGUACCAUUGUGGUGUUCAGAGGACAUUAUUUUUGGACACUGGACAAACAUAGAAAUCCUGACCCUCCUCAGUUAAUUACAAGUGUGUGGGGAAUCCCAUCUCCCAUCGACACGGUUUACACCCGCUGCAACUGCCAGGGCAAAACCUACUUCUUCAAGGGAAAGAACUACUGGAGGUUUGAGAAUGCUGUGAUGGAUCCUGGCUUUCCCAAACCCAUCAGCACGGACUUCGGACAGAUUGGUCAUAUCACAGCUGCUUUAUCUAUACCUCAGUACCGAAGCAGAAAAGAGUCUGUAAUCUUCUUCAAAAGAGGUGGGAUGGCGCAAAAGUACAUAUAUCAGUUUACUCCAAAUUGUGGGACAAAGCCAAGAUUUCCUAUGUUGACAGUGAGGACGAGAGCCAGACGACAAGCUGCUGCAGCUCUGGGUCAAGUGAUCAAUAUCUCAAAGACCUGGAGAGGAUUUCCGACUAUGGUGACCUCAGCCGUGUCUGUACCCUCAAGGGUGAAAGAGGGAUACAAGUAUUAUGUAUUCACUCAAAACAAUUAUUACAGCAUCAAAAUGGAAAGAGAAAUACCAGUGAUCCUCAAACCUGCUACAGGUCCAAAGGAAAACUCUGCAACCAGCUUCUUUAAAUGCCCAGAAACCCAGAAAAACUGAGUCAUACAUCUCUUUCCCUCAUGCCAUAUGUGGUAAAUUAUAUUUCUAGUCAUGCACUUGUUUUAGGUGCAGUGCAAAACAACCUUUGAUAGUAAUGCUGCAUCUUUGGAGAUGGAAUUAGGGACAAACAAAGACUUCCUUCAAAACAAUUUUAUUGUAUGAAUGUAAAAUUAUUAAAAUAAUUAAUAUUGAUGGAUUGCUCAGAGCAUUAAACUAACAAGCAAAAAUUAUAAUACACUGACUGAAGUCUUAAAGCAGAACAGAGGUAUGACUGUGUUCUUCUGGAGCCAUUCAUUCAGAAUGUGUUGCUCCAGAACUGCUUCACCUGGCAAAACGUCCCCUCACACCAGUGAUGCCACCUAUAGCAAGAAAGAUGUCAAAUCCACUUGAUUAUGUUAAAUCUUACUGUGUUAAUACUGCUGGGUUAAAAACUAAAUG